CACGCACGUGCACACGCACACACAUACAGCCUUCUCUACACUGACAGCACACGUAUGCGCUGUAAAGCUAGGCUAAGGCUACUACAGUGAAAAUGCCUCUGGCUAAAGACCUCCUCCACCCUGCCAUUGACUUCGAGAGAAGACAACACAAAAAGAAAAGGCUUGUUCAGAGUCCAAACUCCUACUUUAUGGACGUGAAGUGUCCAGGCUGCUACAAAAUCACAACUGUGUUCAGCCAUGCACAGAGUGUAGUUCUCUGUGUGGGAUGCGCUACUGUGUUGUGCCAGCCAAAAGGAGGAAAGGCCAGACUGACAGAGGGUUGCUCUUUCAGGAGAAAGCAACAUUAAUAAUGGCCUACCCACAAAAUGGAGUCUAAUUCAACCAUGCUGUUUAUUUUUCCUUUGAUUACAAAGCAGCUGUUCAUUCACCAAUGACAAAUGAUGUCACUGGACAAAUCUUUAUGAUCAAUUUCUUUAACAUACUUGAAAACUUUUAAAAUAAUGUUUCAUCACAACAUCAAUAAAGACCCUUACUCAUAAAAA